ACCUCGACUGUAUAAAACCGAGUUGCUUAAUCAUCUAUGAACUCAGAAACCAACAAAAAACAAAAUGGGUUGUUGCAUCAGCAAAUGCAAACCCAAGAAAUGUUACAUCGAGGAUUUCAGUCAUGUUCAAGACAAGCUUGUCAUCUCAUCAUCACAACAAGCUCCCAAAACUCCCAUUCCCCUCACAAAGAAAAUCUCCCCAUUGCCUCUUUCCCCCACCAUCUCAUCCUCUUCUUCAGUUUCUUCCUUCACCUGUUCCACCAUCAGCACUGCAACUGGUUCAUGUUCUUCGGCUUUGAGCUCGGCUUCAUCGGUGUUGAGCUCCAAGGAUCGAUCCUUUUCCAAUGAGUUUUUGUGGGCAUGUGUUAAGGAAAACCCUCAUAUUGUCCGUAUUAAUUCAAUCAAGGAAGCUUCUCGUACGUUAGCUGUCACUAAAUCUCCUUCUCAGAUAUCGAACACGCCGGUUAAACCGGUGGUGGCACUGGCGAAACAGGGGAGUCCGACGAGGGAGAAAGGCUGUACACCGCAGAAGAGAGGACGGUCGAAUUCACCGUCAACUUUAACGAGACAAAAGAGCUUCCGGAAGGACCCUGAUUAUAGGCUUAACUCUGCAUAUAAUUAUUUACCAAGUAGGGUUUUGAGGUCGCCGUCACCAAGCAGGAGAUUUAACGGAGACAACAAUAAUAAUAACUAUCGAGGAUUAUUGGCAAGUACGUCCAAGGAAAUUUGCUCAUCAAAGCGAAUCGUUGGUCCCAAGGUGAAUGCACUCAACUUGGUUUCUUCCUCUCAAAAGAGGGAAAAUUUAAGGGUUUCGAGUCCGAAGCUGAACAGCCAUGAUCCAACUACUCCAUUGAAGUCUUGUUUGAGAAAUAGAGAGACUUUGGUUCAUCGAAUUAGUUCGAAAAUUGACGAAACUGCGCUGAGAGCAGCUCUGUCAUCGCAGAAAGAAAAUGAGUCGGUUACUAUGGAGGAGGACAUUGACAAUCCUCUUAUUUCCUUGGAUUGCUUCAUUUUUCUGUAGAUAAAUUAGUUUGCAUGCAUACUGAACAUUUAUCAUGUUCAUUCGUACAUUUACUUUUUUUUGUUUUGUUUUGAUGUUUGUUCAUUGCAUUUCAAGAUUGUUUAUCACAAACAUGAUCAACGGAUCAUAUCUCUAGAAU